AUGAAGUAUCAGCUGGAGGUGCGUGCAGCCGGGGCCGAGACUUGUGGGAUCCAAGUUCAGAAGUUGGAAAGGUCCGGUGAGAAGGUGCAGAUCCUCGCGGCGGAGGGGCUGCGCAAUGCGGAUUGGCUGAGUUCGGGCUCCGAUCCCUACUGCCUUGUCACGGUAGGGUGCUCAGUUGGUCUCACGGUGCGUUGCAUGGUGGUCGUUGUGUG